UGGUGGACCGGAAAUUGAGUUAAUAGCAAUUGCCACUGGUGGACGUAUUGUUCCCAGAUUUGAAGAGUUGUCAACUGAAAAACUUGGCAAGGCGGGCAUCGUUAGAGAAUUGUCAUUUGGUACAACGAAAGACAAGAUGUUGGUGAUAGAAGAUUGCCAGAACUCAAGAGCUGUUACUAUAUUCAUCAGAGGAGGAAAUAAGAUGAUAAUUGAAGAAGCUAAGCGCAGUUUACACGAUGCUCUUUGCGUAAUUCGUAAUUUAGUUCGUGAUAACCGUAUUGUAUAUGGUGGAGGAGCAGCUGAAAUAGCUUGUGCCCUUGCUGUCAGUGAAGAAGCAGAUAAGAUUUCUACCAUUGAGCAGUAUGCAAUGAGAGCAUUUUCUGAUGCAUUAGAGAGCGUACCAAUGUCGCUUGCCGAAAACAGCGGUUUACACCCAAUCAAAACUCUAGCAGAUGUGAAAUCUAGACAGUUGAAGGAAAACAACCCUAGGCUUGGAAUUGAUUGUAUGAGCAAGGGCACUAACG